AUGGUCUUUACAACACAUAUCCUCGCCAUGGACACAGUGGGCGGCGAUCAGCGCGGAGAAUUGCCACCAUCGCCACGGUCUUAUCGAAACACGCCAUUAACACCUCCCUACAUUGCGUUGCAAGAAGAAAAAGGGAAAAUGCAAGAAAGAAAGCAUGUUGUAGAAGACGAGGAUGACAAUCUGCCUCUCUUACACACCAUUUCUCCCGAAUCAUUGUCGCGGUCCGAAUAUUAUGUCGGUGACUCUACACCUGCUGCUCUUGACGACAACAACAACAAUAACGGACUGCUACGACGAUCAUUCGAGUCUGAAUUCACAGAGUCGGACAGUGACAGCAUGACGAGUAUCAGUAGUAGUAGUAAUGAGGACAACAACAAUGACGCGACGAGAGUGAAGACGAGGAUCGAGUAG